AUGGGCACCACUAAACGUUCCUUUGUCCAGGCGGCUUCAGACUCUAUCCGUAAUCUGGUCUGGUCUCUCUACUUUGACGAUGCGCCUUCCAAUGGUGGGCGACCAUUUAGAUCCAUCAGGAACCUAAAAGUAUGGCACUGGCUGCGAGAUUUCUUCCCCAUCACAGUGGUAAAGGUGGCGGAAUUGGAUCCAUCACGCAAAUACGUGUUUGGAUAUCAUCCGCAUGGAGUUAUCUCGAUAGGAGCCUGGGUAACUUUCGCCACAAACGCUUUGGAUAUCGAAACCAUAUUUCCAGGCGUGAGAUUCCGCUUUUUGACUCUGAGCAGCAAUUUUAAUAUUCCAUUGGUGCGGGACUGGAUUCUCGCUUUGGGACUGGCUAGUGUUAGCAAAGAAUCGUGCAAAGCGCUAUUGAAGAAAGGGUUAUGUCCAGUUAUAGUUGUCGGAGGAGCAGCUGAAUCACUCAACGCAAUUCCAAACACAUACGAUCUGGUUUUGAAGAAGAGGCUGGGCUUCAUCAAGUUAGCUAUUCAGACGGAAGGAGCUUCUCUAGUUCCUGUGUUUGGUUUCGGAGAAAAUGAUGUAUGGGAGCAAGUAAAGGACUCUCGACUUCGACGCUGGCAAACGUACAUCCGACACAAGGUUGGGUUUGCACCCGUCUUGUUUCACGGCAGAGGUAUAUUCAACUACAAUAUUGGAUUAUUGCCGUACAGAAAGCCAAUUACUAUAGUAGUUGGACGACCAAUCCAUUGCCCGUAUGACCCGAAUCCAACGGAGGCUGUUUUACAAAAGGUGCAUACGCAAUAUUUGGCAGGGAUUGAAUCUAUCUGGGAGGAAUAUAAGGACGAUUAUGCCAAGGACAGGAAGAGGGAACUCCGUAUUGUAGAGUAA